CAGCUGUGAGAUGUUGACUCUGUGCCACCACGCUGGGCUGGUGUCACAGAGUCAGUCUGAGGGAUGAACUUUGUGAAAGACAGCUGUCGUCUCAUUGGCCGAGACUGAUGACACGUGACGUCACUGAGGAACAAGGUGCCAAAACCACCUGAUGCUGCAGUCUAAUCUGGACACCUGGGACUGAACACACACACACUCACAGGCGGCCACAUGGCGUCAGACCCGCCCAUCUUGACGGAGCAGCAGGAGCUGCAGAGGAGAGCCAAUCAGGUCACAGAUGAGUCCCUGGAGAGCACGAGGCGCAUGAUGCAGCUGGUUGAGGAGAGUAAAGACGCUGGGAUCAGAGCCGUGGUCAUGCUGGAUGAACAAGGAGAGCAGUUGGAGCGAAUAGAGGAAGGCCUGGAUCAGAUCAACUCUGAUAUGAAGGAGGCCGAGAAAAACCUGACUGACCUGGGCAAGUGCUGUGGCCUCUGCUCCUGCGAGAAGCUGAAGGCCUUCGAGGAGAGCGGAGCGUACAAGGCAGUGUGGGGCGGCGGUCAGGACGGCGUUGUGUCCAAUCAGCCGCCAUCGUCUCGAGUCAUCGACGAGAGAGAGCAGAUGAUCAUGAGCGGAGGAUACAUACGGAGGGUGACUAACGACGCCCGCGAGGACGAGAUGGAGGAGAACCUGGCUCAUGUCGGCAGCAUCAUCGGAAACCUGAAGAGCAUGGCCCUGGAUAUGGGCAACGAGAUCGACACGCAGAACGUCCAGAUCGAACGCAUCCAGGGAAAGGCCAUUCUCAACGUCUCCCGCAUCGACGCCGCCAACCAGAAAGCCAACAACCUCAUGAGGCGAUAGAGGAAGCGCUCCUUCAUUUCUUUCCUCCUUAUUCAUCCUUCUAGUGAUCACUGUGCUUCUGCAUGCUGUGCCAAAGUGUUGCUGCUCGUACUCUCUGCUUCACACACCUCACUUAUAGUGAGUGUUUCCUUCCUGUGAUGUAAUCGCUGUGAUGUAAUCGCUGUGCUGUUCCUUCAGGGACCAGAAGUCCUCGACUGUCAGUAGAGAGGUGUUCAUUAUGUGUGUGUUCCUAUUUAUUCUCACAGCGCUCAGACAGCUGAUGUGUCAUCUUGCUGCUUAUUACUCAGCAGGGCUUUUGUCACUCUGUGUGUCACACUCGGGUGUUUCCCCUCGCCAUGGCCUCUGCCGUCGUGGUCGUGCAGCACGGUUAGAUCACAGGGCGCUUUAAUGAGCCCUGUGGGGAGAGUGGGCCGCUGCAGCAGCCCCGUCACCACCAGCAGCAGCAGCAGAGAGCACAAUCAACACAAAUCAAGAAAUGAUUUCACCACAGCUCAACGUGUGGAGGACAACACUGCGAAAAGAAGCGGCGCCGUGGUGCCAGGCUGGGCCGGGGCGUGUCCAGCCAAUGAGAGGCCUCUUUGCUUCCAGCGGGCUGAUGAUUAAAAGCAUGACUGACUCUGUGUUUGUGGAAUAAAUGUCCAGAUUUAUUAAAGAAA